GAGGACGCGCCCGGAAAUGUCGGCUUUUAUGACCAGUUAUUGGCACUUAAAUGGAGUGUUGGCAACAUAUCCUCGACCCACACUUUGUAUGCGACCCCUUAGGUCUAAACACGCUACAGGUUAGAGAUAAUAUACAUUUAUUUGGUGGGGAUAGGGAUCAUAUUACUAUAUUUGGUCAGAGCGCUGGCAGUUGGUCGGUGUCCGCGCAUAUAGUCUCUCCAUUAUCUAAAGGCCUAUUUAAGAGGGCUAUUAUGGAGAGCGGGGCUCAUCUGUAUAACAAGGACAGGGAUGUGAUCAGUAAAUCGGAGGCCUUAGCGAGUGCCCAGAAAUUGGCGGAACAACUGAAAUGCAAUACAUCUGAACAAUGGAUACAAUGCUUGCGAGGAGUGGACGCAAAGGAGUUCCUAAAAGCUGAGUCUUUGGACGAAUAUCCGGUCGAAGGCACCGAAUUUUUGCCCAUUUCUGUACAAAAGGCAUUUGAGACCAAAAAGUUUAAUUCC